CCGCUGCUUGCACGCCGGAAGCGGUUUGUUUUUGAGAUCGUGCGCGAGUCCUUAAAUGGUAGAGUGUUUGCAUUCCGAUCGCGGAGGGUGUCGCUUCGGAUUUGUAAGCUGCUAUUAGAAGCUUCUCGCGUAAGAGGCGCUUUCGCUGCAUAACGUGCUUGACACAGCUCGACGCUGAGAACAUCGCUAUUUGCAUCUCUGACCUGUCUGAGCAGCUGACGCUCUGUAAUUGCGCCGUCGUACUUCAUCACGCCGAACCGUGCCUCGAAACAGUGUGACAUUUAGUGAGCAUAAUGUCACUUUGGUGUGUGAUCAGUGGAAUCUAAUGACUUGUGUACUGCAUUGUGGAAUCGCCAUCUUGUACAAGUUGAAGCUCGGACAGUCGGUCACAACCAUUCCAACGGUGGGCUUCAACGUUGAGACUGUCACCUACAAGAACGUCAAAUUCAAUGUCUGGGAUGUUGGCGGUCAAGACAAGAUUCGUCCCCUGUGGCGGCACUACUACACGGGCACGCAGGGACUAAUCUUUGUGGUGGACUGUGCCGACCGAGACCGCAUCGACGAGGCGCGCCAAGAGCUGCACAAGAUCAUCAACGACCGCGAGAUGCGCGACGCCAUCAUCCUGGUCUUUGCCAACAAGCAAGACCUGCCCGACGCCAUGAAGCCGCACGAGAUCCAAGAGAAACUCGGGCUGACGAGGAUCCGCGACCGAAAUUGGUACGUGCAGCCAGCGUGUGCCACGACGGGCGACGGACUCUUCGAGGGUCUCACGUGGCUCACGUCAAACCACAAGUCCUGAGGCCGACGGCAUCGAAGACGGCAUUGCAGAAAAAAUUCCCGCCGCGUUGCCGUUGCCAGCGUCGCCAUCGCCCCCACCGUCAUCGCCAUUCACCACCGGUGCGGUGCCAGGCAAGGAGGACGCCUGAGCGACAGGCAGGCUGGCUCUGCCGGAGGGGGGAGGGGCGGGCCGCCCGGGGUUCGCUCAACCUCUCCUCCAAGUCAUCGUUGCCGUUUGCGGACCAGCCACGAUGGGAUCCUCGUUUUCCUAGUGCCGCUUUCUUUUUUUUUUUUUUGCGCUCGUUUUUGUAUACUGCCACUGUAAAGUUCAGUCGUCAAAAGAACAGGCAGGGUCUCGCCCCUUGCUGUUGUAGGGGGCUUGGAGAUGUCUACGUGCCGGUACUGUUUGCCCCCAUGAAGCUGCCUUGUCCCUUCUGUUGUUUUUUUCUCCUUGUUUCUUCCUUUUAGCUGUAAUAUAUAUGUGUGCAAGUGCUGUUGAGAACAGUGAUGCUGCUGCAACAGUGGACACUAGUGCAUAUCUCUUUUUUCCUUCAGUGGUGGAGGACGUGGGAGGACCUUGGUAGGGGCCCACACUGCUUUCUUUUAGAAUGUUUGGGGCACGUGCUGGCGCUGCAACAGACUCUUGGAGGGGCUUUGGCGGGUGGGGAGACGAGAAUGAAAGAAAAAAUUGAGUGAACUCUCUUUUUGUCCCGCUUUGUCGUAGACUUGUGCGCUUGUUUUGGAGGGGCGUCUCGGCACGCAAAUAUGCAUUCACCGCAGUUCUUUACUCCUUGAAAAGUCGGAACUUGACACUGAAGCACCACGACAUGCCGAUAUGCGCGACACGGAAACAGUGUCUUGAGGAAAGCAUCUCUGCAAACAUUGCGACGAAGUGCUCUUACCGCCAGCGGUGGUUGUAAAGGGGGGGGACUGGGAGUUUCCGAGAAGGAUGUCGGGCCGGAGCUCAAAGUGAGGGAUACUCUUGUGUCUGGUGGGGACCUUCUCAAUCUUUUCCCCUAGACCCCGUCUCUACCUCCUCUCCGAACACGGGCCACUUUGUGCAGGCAGGGCGAGGGAGACCGGUUCCGUUUGUGCCUUUCUGGGUGCGCCACACGACGAAGCAUAGACUUCCCCGCGAGGGAUUCCACGGAGAAAGGAAUUCACAGACACGCGAGAUGCAGCGACAGCUAGCAAGCAGACCACUACCACUCCCCUGCAUUUAGUCCAGAAGGGUUGGGGAAAGGGGACACUGUGUCCUCCCCCACCGUCCUAGUGUCACCCAAGUUUUUGUGUCACACCGCUACCAGGCUUUUAGCAGGCAGGCUGCCUUUUUGGUUUGUUUUUUAUAUUGUUGGGUUGUACAUAUCGGUUUUCAACCAGUGGGCAAAUAAAACUUUGUUCCCGAGCUUCCAACAGCCUGUGCAUGCCCCUCCCCCACGGCUUUUUGCAAUAGAGGGCAUGGCCAGGAUAAUGUAACGAUUCUGUUCCCAUAGUAUUGUAUUCCUUUGUUCACUUGGUCAGUUCAAGCAACACGACGAUGUCCAUGUUAUUAUCGACUGCUUGAAAAGUUAAAAGGAAUCCUUACAUUAUUUUGGCCCAUGUUUGAAUGUGUGUUCAGCCAGCAGCACUGUCAACUGUGGCGUCUUAAAGAAGACUGCUUCUUGUCUGCAUAUUACAGCACCGUACAUGCCUCAGCAUCACUCACCACCUAGCAUCGAACUCUUAAGUUAGGGCAGACCAACAAGUCUGAAAUUUGUUUUCUUUCCGGAAGCCCUAAAUAAUAAAAAUGUCAUAUUUAUUAUCA